AUGCCGCAGCAAUUGAGCUCGAAGGAUGCCUCCCUGUUCCGACAGGUGGUCCGCCACUACGAGAACAAGCAGUACAAAAAGGGCAUCAAAACGGCUGAUCAGGUCCUUCGGAAAAACCCAACCCAUGGCGAUACGUUAGCGAUGAAGGCUCUGAUCAUGAGCAAUCAAGGUGAACAGCAGGAGGCCUUCGCCUUGGCCAAGGAAGCUCUGAAGAACGAUAUGAAGUCGCAUAUCUGCUGGCACGUGUACGGCUUGCUCUAUCGCGCGGAGAAGAACUACGAAGAGGCUAUCAAGGCAUACCGGUUUGCCUUGCGGAUCGAACCGGAUUCCCAGCCCAUCCAGCGCGAUCUCGCCCUCCUCCAGAUGCAGAUGCGGGAUUACCAGGGGUACAUACAGAGCAGAAGCAGUAUGCUACAGGCUCGGCCCGCCUUCCGACAGAACUGGACUGCUCUUGCUAUCGCACACCACCUCUCCGGUGACCUCGAGGAGGCUGAAAAGGUGCUGACAACAUACGAGGAGACCCUGAAGAGCCCACCACCUCUGUCAGAUAUGGAACACUCCGAGGCGACAUUGUACAAGAACAUGAUUAUCGCCGAGUCAGGGAACCUUGAGAAGGCACUGGAGCACCUCGAGGCCAACGGAUACCGCUGCUCAGAUGUGCUCGCUGUGAUGGAGAUGAAGGCGGACUACCUUCUCCGUCUUGACAAGAAGGAAGAAGCCGCCGCUGCCUACACUGCUCUUCUGGAGCGCAACCCCGAGAACUCUCUCUACUAUGACUGUCUUAUUAAGGCCAAGGGUAUCUCCAGCGACGACCAUAAGGCUCUCAAGGAACUGUACGAUUCAUGGGCGGAGAAAAACCCUCGAGGUGAUGCUCCCUGCAGAAUUCCCUUGGACUUCUUAGAAGGUGAUGACUUCAAGCAGGCUGCCGAUGUCUACCUGCAGCGCAUGAUCAAGAAGGGCGUGCCCUCUCUCUUCGCCAACAUCAAACUCCUCUACACCAACCCUAGCAAACGCGACACAGUACAAGAGCUGGUCGAGGGUUACGUCUCAAACCCUCAAUCAAACGGCUCAACUGACGGCGACAACACCGAAUUCCUCUCCUCCGCAUACUACUUCCUCGCACAGCACUACAACUACCACCUUAGCCGCGAUCUUUCCAAGGCUCUUCAGAAUGUCGACAAGGCCCUCGAACUGUCACCCAAGGCGGUAGAGUAUCAGAUGACCAAGGCCAGGGUAUGGAAGCAUUACGGGAACUUUGAGAAGGCAGCGGAAGAGAUGGAGAAGGCUAGACAGAUGGACGAGAAGGACCGCCACAUCAACUCGAAGGCCGCCAAGUAUCAGCUGCGCAACAACCAGAACGACAAGGGCCUCGAGAAUAUGAGCAAAUUUACGCGAAACGAGACUUUCGGUGGCGCUCUCGGCGACCUUCACGAAAUGCAGUGUGUGUGGUACCUCACGGAAGAUGGUGAGGCAUACUUGCGCCAGAAGAAGCUCGGUCUUGCGCUCAAGCGAUUCCACGCUGUCUACAACAUUUUCGAUGUGUGGCACGAGGACCAGUUUGACUUCCACAGCUUCUCCCUGCGGAAGGGUAUGAUCCGAGCUUAUGUUGACAUGGUCCGCUGGGAGGACCGUCUGCGCGAGCACCCUUUCUACGCUCGCGCUGCACUUUCCGCCGUCAAGACCUAUAUCCUUCUCCAUGACCAACCGGAUCUGGCUCUUGGACCCCUUCCUGAAGUCAAUGGUACCGAUGGAGACGAUGCUGAGCGUAAGAAGGCUCUGAAGAAGGCUAAGAAGGAGCAGCAGCGGCUGGAGAAGCUCGAGCAAGAGAAACGGGAGGCGGCUCGAAAGGCUCUCGCGAACCCUAAGAGCGCUGACGGAGAAGUCAAGAAAGAGGACCCUGACCCUCUCGGCAACAGGCUUGCCGAGACACAAAAGCCGCUUGAGGAGGCGCUGAAAUUCCUCACGCCCUUGCUGGAGCACUGCCCCAAGAACAUUGAGGCUCAAUGCCUUGGCUUCGAGGUACACCUUCGAAGGGGCAAAUAUGCACUUGCGCUCAAGUGUCUCACAGCGGCCCACUCCAUCGAUGCGUCUAACCCCACACUCCACGUUCAACUGCUCCAAUUCCGCCAAGCUUUGAAUAAGCUCGCUGAGCCUCUCCCGGCCCAGGUCGCGGAAGUUGUCGACACUGAGUUUGAGGCUCUCCUUCCCAAGGGGCAGAACCUCGAUGAGUGGAACAAAUCUUUCCUCUCUGCGAACGAGAAUAGCAUCCCCCACAAACAUGCUUACCUUACCUGCCAGCAGCUUCUGAAGCCCGAUACCAAAGCUGAGAACGAGAAGGAGCUUACUGCUACCCUGGAUGCAGACAUUGUGUCACUUGAAACAGCCCUUGCUGGUCUAGACCUCCUUGGUGACUGGGGGAGCAACCAGAACACAAAGACUGCUUAUGCUGAGAAAGCUAGCAGCAAGUGGCCGGAGGCGUCCACCUUCCGACUCAACUAA